AUGGCAGAUGAUGAAGAAGAGGAAGAACCCGAGUUCCGGAUAGUCCUUGUUGGGAAAACUGGAGUUGGGAAGAGCGCAGCAGGAAACACCAUCUUAGGAACAAGAACUUUUAUAUCCACAACAUCUCCUUCCACAGUAACGUUAGAGUGCCAAAAGGAAAUGGGAGAAUUUGGUGGUCACGCGCUGGCUGUCAUUGAUACUCCGGGUCUGUUUGACACCAGCAAAACUGAAAAGGAGGUGAAAAGAGAGAUCGCUAGAUCAAUCUCUUUUGUUGCUCCUGGUCCUCAUGUGUUCCUGGUUGUGCUCCAGGCUGGCAGAUUCACAAAAGAAGAACAAGAAACAGUGAAAAUCCUUCAGAAGGUGUUUGGAGAAACAGCAGCACAAUACACCAUGGCCUUGUUCACACAUGGAGACAAUCUGGAGGCCGAUGACAUGAACAUAGAAACAUUUAUCCAUAAAAGUAAAGCUCUCAAUGACUUCCUCGAUCAGUGUCAGAGAAGAUAUCAUGUUUUUAACAACAGAAAGAAAGAUCCCGCUCAGGUCAGAGAGCUGCUGGAGAAGAUCAACACAAUGGUUCAGAGAAACGGAGGAAGCUGCUACACCAAUGAAAAAUUCCUGGAGGCAGAGAAAGCCAUAAAAGAGGAGAUGGACCGACUUCUGAGCGAAAAUCCAGGCAUGACACCCCAGGAAGCACGGAGACUGGCAGAGAAAGAAAACUGGUUCAUCCAGGCCGUUGUGGCUGCUGCUGGAGCAAUUCCUGGUAUUGGUCUGGGAGCUGGCGUUGGACUUGCUGUUGAAGUUGCUAUUGGAGCAGGUGUUGGAGCUGUAGGAGGCCCAGUUGGAGCUGCAGUGGGAGCUGUAGUGGGAGCUGUAGCUGGAGCUACAGUUGUGGCCGUGAAAAGCGGUGCAUGUCCUAUACAGUGA